AUGGGAAAUGUUCUGUUUUUGUUCUGCUGGUGUUUUGUUGAUCUGAGGCUAAUUAAUAUUCAAAUAGCAUGGAGUACUCCAAUUUAUACUUCUUUAAUUAAGACAAGUUUUCUUUUCAUCGCUACUACUGCUGUGAAUAGUAGAAUGAGAUGGGAAGUUGUUGGAAGGGAAGAAAGGGAUAAGAUAAUCGACAAUGAAUGUCAUUUUCAGCGAAUUGAAAUUGGCGACGAGGCAGAAAAAAAGCAGAACAAGACGGAAUAA